AGAGCAGCAUUUAAAUUGACGAGGAGCUCCCCUCUCCCAUGUCAGCUCCAUCAUUGCGCGCGCGCGCACACACACGCGCGCUCGCGCAGCAGGACUCCCUCCGGCGCCGCUGAAUGGAUGACCUACGGAUCCACUUCUCCCGGGUGGUUUUGCGCAUCACCCUCGUCACAUCGGUUCUCGGAGGGGAGGGGAGGGGAGGGGAGGUGGGGGUAAAAGAAAAAGUGCCGCCUUCUUCCCGUGGUGCACAUGAUCAUCUCGCCGACGCUGCGGACGCCUAGGCGCCGAUCAUGCGAGCUGCACUGAUUUGAGACCAGCCUUGGCUUCGCUGCUGGGCGGACGCGCGGCUCAGCACCACCACCACCACCAUCAUCAUCUGGGGGGGUGUGGGGGGGGGAUGGGUUCUGCAACAAUUUGUUGCAAACACUGCGAAGGGCGAAGUCACGGUGCCGGUCGCGCCUCGGCUCCUCGUGGCACCGUGAGAACUUUCUUCCCGGCGCCUCUUUGUGCCCUCUGCUCUUUUUAGAUGUUUGUCAGUGGGAUCGUGCUCCUUUGGGAAAUUCCAUCGUUUCCCUUUUCAAAUAUGUUCACUUUUGCUGCCUUCUGCUACAUGCUGUCUCUGGUCCUCUGCGUGUCCCUGAUCUUCUUCGCGAUAUGGCACAUCACAGCGUUUGAUGAGCUCCAGGCCGACUUCAAGGUGCCGAUUGAUCAGGGCAACCCACUCCACGCGAGGGAGAGACUGCGGAACAUUGAGAGGAUCUGCAACCUGCUGAGGAAGCUGGUGCUGCCUGAGUACUCCAUCCAUGGGCUGUUCUGCAUCAUGUUCCUGUGCGCCCAGGAGUGGCUAACCGUGGGCCUCAACAUCCCCCUGCUCUUCUACAACACAUGGAGGUACUUUCACUCCCCAACGGACACGAAGGAGCUCCUCUACGACCCGGCGUCCGUGAUGAACGGCGACACGCUCAAGUUCUGCCUAAAGGAGGCCUGGUGCAAGCUGUCCUUCUUCGUCCUCUCCUUCUUCUACUAUCUCUACUGUAUGGUCUACUCCUUGGUUACCUCAUAACACCCCAUUUGUACCGCAGAGGGACAGAACAGCCUCUGGACACGCGGGCCGGCAUUCAGUGUCGGCCCACAAUUGCAAAAGCACCGGAUAUUGAAGAAGAAGAAAAAAAAGCGCAGGAGGAUAAGGGAAACGCAUUUUUUUGUCGUGAAGUCAAACGCGUGAACACGCCGGGGAUGAAACUGGUUCUCCGUCUCGCCCCGCCCCUCGCCCCCAAAGAGGGGAAAGGACACGCUUUAUGCUCGACGCUUGUAUAUAAGAACCGAAGACUAAAUCUGCUGUUUACAGUUUGAUUGGUCAUUGUGAGACCCAAGUCAAUCACUGCCUGGCCAAUGUUUGUAUCACACACACGCACGCACGCGCACACACACACACACACACACACACACACACACAACACACACACACACACACACACAUCCUCUGGAGUGGUACCAUACUCACUGUACAGUAGCAGUGCCGGUAGCCAAGAGGACAAAGAGCACAGUAGCGUUUGCACAGUUUGUCUCAGGCACAGCAUACGGUGGAGCACUGUCCUGCCCCAGGGCCCCCCCCCCCCCCCCCCCCCCCCGACCCCCAGUCAUUCCCCGCCGACGCCUCGCCGACCGUAGCUUCCCCCGGUGAGUCUGAAACCAGGGGACGGAUGGCCUAGUGGGCGGGCGGAUCGCACUGUACAGAAACGAGCUCUGGACGAAGGAUUCCCUCUUCGCGCUCCGGCCACAGACGGCACAUGACCGCCCCGCGCCCUGUGGAUUUUCUCUUUGGGACAUUACGUGAACGGCUCUUUUGUGACGUGUGCAUUUUGGUGUGUCCUUUGACGAAGAAGGCCCUUUUUUCCAACCGAUCCGCAGCAAAAGGGUUGUUCUAUACGUCUCCGUGUUGUCCUCGUGUCAUUCUAUCGUGGGGAAACUCCUCGAGACUCCAAACCGAAGUCGAGCGACGACAACAACGGAGAGAAAAAAAACACUGGAACCUGUCAAACGCUUUUAACGGUAGAGGAGCACAUGUUCUUUGCACAAAUGGUGUCUUUGAUCUUGCACAAUAUUCGCAAUAUUUGGCUAUUUAUUAGAAAUGUGUUUAUGAUAGUCUAGCCACACAGGUGAAGGUCUUCCAACAUGUAAAGAACCAUCCAGCCCUGUUUGAAGAUUGGAGGGAGGGAGGGGGGGGGGUCUUUUCUAGCUCUAUUUACACCAUGGACCAAAAUGUUGUCUUUUCAGUAUUUGGAUUGAUUUAUUUAUUUACGUCUAUUCGUGAGAUAUAGCGAUGGCUCAUCUCCAUGCUCUUACCUGAAGGAAAGUGUGGAUAUGAGGAAGGGGAAAAAAAAUGUGUCCGCAAUCAACCUGUCUUUCUCAGCGACCUUAAACAAAAGCAAAAGGAGCAGGCGAUGCGACUACUGUUUAAGAGUUGAUAGGAGGGUAUAUACAGGAGAUGCUAUUAUUACCCCGGAAAAUAAAGAUCCCCUUCCAUAUUCAGGUUAGAGGUCAGGCGCAUGACCUCAGUGUCAGGUGAUCGAAUCCUCCGCCCACAUGUAGCACAGCUUCCCGAACCGCCGGGCCACUCUUAGAUCGUCACGUCAGCCCUCACUCGGGCGAGCUCACUUUGUACGGCCUGCCGCGAGGAGCAGAUAGGGAAUGCCCACUUCUUGUUGUUUUUUUCGCUCCUCCUCCGAGUCAUUUUCUAUCCUUACCGUGUAUGUGACCAAACAAGUUAAAAAUUUAGAUAUUGUUUAUGAAAUAAAAGUAUUUUAAAAUCAA